AUGAGCACCUGGAUGAAUGACGCCGUCCCAAACCACAAUGGCAACGGCUUCCCACACAUGAACGAUCCCAACGCCUCCGCCGCCGGUGCCAUGAUGGAUCCUUCUGCCUUCAUGGCCAACUCGGGUCAAUUCAACCCUGCGCAGCUACAGCAGCAACAACAACCGCAACAGCCGCCGCAACAGGUCAUGCAGAAUGGGCCUAUGCGCAAUGUUUCGCCAUCAACAAUCCAAAAUCCCGCCUUCCAGACGAACCCCGUUAUCCCCUCGAAACGACCGCGGCCCCGCGACGACGGAAUCGCUGCGUCUCCGACUCAAAAUCCCGGCAUGCUGCCCACGUCGCGAUCCCAGACCCCACAGCAGCAGCAGCAAAAUUUCCCCGGCGGCUUCCAGCCUGGCGCCAUCCCCCAACAGGGCGCCGGUCAAUUCGGUCAUCUACAGGCCAACGGAUCCGCAAACGCCAGCCCUUCCCCCAUCAUGGGCAACCAGAUGCGACCCGGUAGCGUGCCUCAACGCGUCGCCACGGCCUCGCCGCACCCCUUCUCACCUGGAAACCCUCAGUUUGCCGCUGCUCAGGCCUCGCCCGCACAGUCCGAGCAGGGGACGCCUCAGCCCAGCCAGUUCAUGCCAAACAUGCCCCAGGGCUACAACCCCAACUUUGCCGCCUCGCCUUCCAACCCGCGCCCGUCUCCCAUCCCCAACCCCGUCGCCGGUGGCCCUCAGAUGAUGCCUCAGCAGAUGCAGCAGAUGCCUCAGCAGAUGGGCCACAUGGCAAGCAUGUACCCUCACCUGCAGCAGCAGCAACAACAGGCACAGCAGCAGCAGCAGCUUCACCAGCAGCAGCAGCAGUCGCCUCAGCAAUCCCAUCAGCAGCACAUGGGCAUGCCUGGUCACCAGCAACAGACACAGCAACGGCAGCAGACGCCUCAGGGUAUAACAGAUCAGCACAAGAUGGCCGCCUAUCAGAUGCGCCUGCAGCAGCAGCUCCAGGGAAAUAUGCAGAUGCAGGCGCAGAUGAAGUCGCAAAACAUGGGUCGUGGCAUGAUAGCUAAGCAGCAGAUGCAGGCCAUGCCUAACGGCCAGGUACCGCCUCAGGCGCAGCCCGGCAUGAUGCGACCCCGUCCCAUGGCUAGCUCGAGCCCCGAGCAGUUCAUGAAGAACCUCGCCACAUUGAUGGCUGCCAAGGGUCUCCCCCUCGACACGAACCCCAUGAUCAUGGACCGGCCCGUCAACCUCAUGAUGCUCUUCCAAGCUGUCCAGAACAAGGGUGGCUACAAGGCUGUCGUCACCGGCAAUGGAUGGCUUCAUGUUGCGCAAGUCCUUGGUCUCCCAGUCCAGAUCCCCAAUGUCGCCAUGCUACUCAAGCAGAUCUACGAGCGCAACCUGUACAAGUUUGAGGAGGCCUGGAUGGCCCAGCAGAAGCAGAGGAUGAUGCAGCAGCAGCAGCAGCAGCAGCAGCAGCAGCAGCAGCAACUGCAUCAGCAGCAUCAGCAUCAGCAGCACCAACAACAACAACCUCAACACCACCCGCAACAACAGCCCCAACAUCCUCAACAGCCACAGCCACCGCAACCCCAGCAGCAGUUCCCCCCUCAACCUCAGCAACACAUCCCCCAACCACAGGGAACACCCCAGAAGCAGAUGACGCCCAACCCGCUCAUGAACCAGGGACAGAUGCAGCAGCAGCCGCCGCAACAGCCUAGUCAGCAAACACCACAUAUGCCGCCUAUGCCUCAGCAGACUCCUGUGAAACCGCCACAGGUCGUCAAUGGUUUUCCUACCCCUCAGAAGCCUCUUCCUGGCCAGACGACUCCUGGCCCAGGCCACAACCGGAACAGUGGGUCAAGGGGUGCCGAGACUCCUGUCCAGGGAGACUUCUCAAUGGCAUCGCCUGCACACGCCAAGGUGGCAGGCCUGCCCGUGGUUCCGCCCGAGGGUCAGGUUACACCUGGUACGGCGGUCGAUCUUCAGAUGCACAGGAUGGCGGCCCUGCCCGACGAGUACACGCCCUGUGCUCGUGAGCUAGUGACGUUUGGUGGUGUCGACCUCAAUGCCGUUGUCCCGCUGGGCACGGAACUGCUUCGCUGGGCACCUGAUGUGACACCGCUCCCUGAACUGGGCAACAUUGACAUCCACGCCCUUAACAAGAGCAUUCAGAGCGGGAUCAAGGGAGAAGUCCGAGUUGCCCUCGAUACGUUGGCCACGGUGUCCAACUCACCUCACCCUUCGCACUUCAUCCGACUCCCCUACUGUGAUGACCUCAUCGACUCACUGAUUGACUGUGCUGAGGAGCAGCUGGACAUUCUGGCCGAGCAUACGGUCGAAGUGUCGGACGAGAUCCAGCUCACCUCAUACGAGGAUGUCGUGAGGGCCUGUCGCAUAGAGCAGUGGGCCAUCAAGGAACCACCCGCGUUUGGAACGAAUGAAUACGAGCUUGACCGCGCCGUGGACCGGUUGAUCUGCAUCACUACGAUUCUUCGGAACCUGUCGUUCCCCGGCGACGCAAACGAGAACCACCCGGUACUGGUGGACGAGACGGUUAUAAAAUUUCUGUGCGUCGUGGUCCGAUAUCUGGGGACCCGUAACAUGCUUCUCCGCACACACGCCAACACGCUCGAUUUCAUGAAGGACAUGGUCAUCUUCCUGUCCAAUGUGUCGGGGGUCAUGGAGCUCCCCGGACGCGAGCAGGCCCUGUGUCUGCUGUACUUCCUCCUGGCGUUCGCCCCUGCACCGGGCCCGUUGAGGCUGGACGAUGGCACCUGGGACUUCCCCCGGUACGAGCCUAGCCAGCAGCCCUACUUGCCGCACGCGGUGGAUGCGCUGGCCAAGCUGUUUGCACGCGACGAGCCGAACCGGACGAUGUAUAGGACCAUCUUUGCCCUGGACGCUAGUUCUGCGGUUCCGGAGGAGCUCCUAACCCGCGCAUUUGCGCUGUCCAUCGCGCCUCUGCCAGACACGGUUUUCGAACAGAACCGACCCGCUCAGUGGCCUCCUCUGGUGGAGAUGAGGAAGCCGUUCCUCAUGCAGGGCCUCCUGUCAGCCGAGAUUCUGGCCUUCCUUGCACCCGGCCCCGAGUCAGACCUUGCCAAGUCGUGGCUCAUCUCGCAAAACUGUCUGGGGGAGACCCUCAUCAAGCUCAUCUCGAGACUGAGCCAGGAGUACGACAAGCCCCAGCCACUGCCACCGCCACCAACUCACGGCAGAGGUUCUCGAGCGGCGCCACCGGCUGCCCGCAAAGAUCCUGAGCUCCUGUACAUUGUCAUGACGGCCGUGUCACUGCUGAAGAGGCUGGCAGAAAAGUCAAGAGGGUCAUCCCCGCUUGACGUGGCCUUCCUCCCCAACUCGCAGAAGCUGAUGGAGCUGACGAGUCUGUCAUCUCCAGAGUGGGCAAAGGAGGGACUCUUCCAGCAUAUUACCAGCUGCUUUAACCUCGGACGCUGA